AUGCUCGUCGACUUCGCGUUCAAGAUCAUCUCCAUCCCAUUCAUCCCCUUCAAGAUACUCAGAAAUCAUCUUCCACAUCCUUCUUUGGCUCCUUCCAAACCGCAGAACGGUCCGGCCGCAAAGAAUCUCUCCGCUUCAACCUCAAAGCCCACCAGGAUGUACGUCUAUUUGGGCAAGCUUAACUGGAAGGGUACUGCGGUGGCCGAAGACGAGACGUUUAUCGUCAUCUUGCCCAAUGGUCCUGUUCGCACCGGCGACACUGCCUACGUCUUCUUUCAGUGGACACACGACGAAUUUGGGGUCCCGAAGGCCAACUGGUUCCAGACCAUCUUCAUCGACAAGGUUUCCAAGAACGACAACGGAGAUGAUGUCUUCACUCUAGAGCAUCCCAAGUUCUCGUGGAAGAUCACCAGCAAGCAAAUCUACGAGAAAAUCGACGUCACCAUGUCUGGUACUGGAUCUUCGAAGACCUCGACGACUCUUGAGCGGAUCUGGGGAACCCAUUCCCACGGUGGUAAGGCAAACGAUACGAUCCGCGUCUGGACUGGCAAGAUCAACUGGUCUACCUUCGCCAAAAACGAGAUGGCAACUUUCAUUGCCCCUGAGGGUUUCGGCGAAGGUAGACCCAUAGUUUCUCUUUGGCAAUGGACGAAGAGCUAUGCUGGGAAAGCCAAAGAUCCUUCUCUCCAUUGCGAAUACCAGAAGAUUCAGACCGAGAACGACGACAUUGUCAGGUUUACAUACAGUUCAUACUACGACCUGGAUUGCACUUUCAACCGGCAAACCAGCAAACUUUUUGUUCGCAUGAAAUCACCUCAAGAGAGUUCCGCCAAGGACCUCGGCGACUUUGCCCUCGCUGCUAUGAUAGAUCGCCACUCCCACAACUUCAACCCGCCGGAGUCCACCCCAAACAAGGCUGAGACCGAGUUCAGGGUCCCUCAGCCUCAGCCUUCGCUUCCUCACAUUCUCACGCCGAUGCCAUUCCCUAGCACUCUAUUCGAAACAUUGACGCACACGGCUGCUUUCAUUAACCAAGCCGGAUAUCUGGCCAAAUACGCUGAGGAGUCGUUCAACACUAUGGACGCCGAGUUCCACCUGCGCGAGCAACGCCUUGACACUGCCAAGGGAAAGAUCAGGGACCUCAAAGAGCACGUUAAAACAUUGGAAGGCAAAGUUGCUGAGGGAGAAAGCAAGAUUAACACGUUGGAGCAGAGUCUCAAAGACGCUGUGAAAGCGGCCCGUGACAGAGAAGUGGAGCUACAAAAGGAGAUCGCGCAGAUAAUCAAGCAAGGAAAGGCCCAUGACGUCAAGGAUCACCAUCUCAUCAACAAACUGGAGAAGCAACUUAGUGAUCUCCACGCCAGAGCCUCCGACCUCCAGGUCAAACUCGGCACCGCCAGAUCUGAGCUUUCGGCUACCGAAGCUCUUCUUGCUGCGGAAAAGAAGCAAAAGGGAGAGCUGGAAGCUAAGAAUCGUGCCCUUGAAGCUCAACAGGCUCACUCAGAGGAAGAGCUUAGGAGACUGAGAGCUCAGAACAGCCAACUCGCCUUGGAGAAGGAUAGUCUUAACCAGAAACUUUCGGACCUCCAGAGUCAACUCAGUCGUGCUGCAGACGUUCUGCAGACUACAGAGUUAGACAGAGACUCAAAGAACCUGGCUCUCAAGAAGGCAGAAGAGGAGAGAGACCAAGCUCGAUCUGACCUUGCGAAAAAGACUUUGGCUCUGGAGGGCGCUGAACGAGAGGCCGCCUCAGCUUGGAAGGAGUACCAGGAUGCACUCCACGCGAAAGAUUUGAUGCGAAGGGAGAGAGAUGAUGCAGUCAAACUUAUCAGACUCAAGGAAAAGGAGGAGCAAGAUCACGAGAAAGAGGAUAAGAAACGCCAGGAGGACGAGGCGGAUUAUCGUAAGAAACAUGAAGAAGAGGAUGCGAAUUAUCGCAAGAAACAUGAAGAGGAGGAUGCGAAUUAUCGCAAGAAACGUGAAGAAGAGGAGGCCGACUAUCGCAAGAAGCAUGAAGAGGAUGAUGGCAAGAAGAACGCGUUAUACGAGAAGACCAAGAAGGACUAUACCGACACCAAGAAGGAAUAUGACGACCACCUCGCCCAAGACGACAAAGACUAUAACGAGAGAGUCGCGUUCGAAGCAAACCAAAGAAGAAGGAACAGAGGUCCUGUAGCGGCCUGA